UUUCAAAUCUCCAACGGCGAAGCAGCCGGCCACAACGCACAAUCGCCUAUCAUACAAUUGCGCCCAUGCAUAUGUUUUUGACAGAAGUCAGGAUUUGACAUGCCAUUGGCUUCUAACCCCACAGCUUUACUGCGGUCGCAAAUUUGACAAUGAGGCCGCAUGGGCCCUGUCACUGAAUGGUGGUAUAUCUGCAGCCUGAGGCCUGAGGAACGUCAGGUUCCCCAGUCCCAACAUGACCCAUGUCUCAAAUGAUCCUGCCUGGUGGCCGUACAUCAAGUGGUGUUAUAUAUUGAAUUAUUUUAUAGUUGCAUCAUCUACUGCAGUAGUAUACGACUGGGUAUUGACAUUUGCACAAGAGUUCGAAUUGGUCUGGAGGCGACGCUGGUCCUUCGUGACUGUUCUCUACGUUUGUGUGCGCUGCAUCGGAAUACUAUAUUCUAUCGUCUACAUAGUUGGGAAUCUCCCAUUCUCGAUUACAGAUGUAGUGGGCAAUAUCUUUUACUUCAUGCAGGUAUGGAUACCUGUCGUCGUCAAUGCCAUGCUGGGCGUCAUCAUGAUGACUCGAAUACAUGCUAUGUAUCAGGGAUCCAAGAUCAUGCUCGUCUUCCUCGGUGCAGUCUUAUUGACAUGCACGAUCGCUACCGUGGUUAUGACAGGAAUAGGAAAUAUCAAAGCUUCAGCGGUGGAUGUUGUCCUUUCUGGCAACCGUAUGUGCCUGAGCCUCGGUGUCGCUGACACACUGAAUCGGGAGAUCUUCAUACCCACCCUUCUAUGGGAGGUUAUUGCCUUGUUUCUUGCUGUCAGGAUUUUUAUCAAACAUAUCCGUGAACUGCAAAAAUCAAGGACAGAAUCGACCAUCGGAGACUGUUUCACGGUGUUGAUAAGAAGUCAUGUGCCAUACUUCGUAGGCUUUGUUGCUGUGACUUGCUUCAACAUCGGCACACUAUCCCCCGCUUUGGACCCAAUUACUGUGGGAUCUGGUGUUUAUUACGGCGUUUUCCAAAUCGCCCAGUUCGUGCAGAUGUUUGUGCUGGGACCACGUCUCGUCCUGAGCAUUCGAGAUUAUCACGCUAAGCUGGUAGCCGAUUGUGAUGAAGGAAGUGCCAUGCCUACGAUUGCUUUCCAGGAGCGCGGACACGUGUCAACCAGCGGUAGUGAGUAGCAUGGGAAAUGUGCAGGGAGUAAGAGUUUGGAGGAUCAUCAAUUUAGGCAGACCAAUGUCAAAUUGCAUCAGAACUGGAACUAGUGAUCCAACUAUAUAUGCACGGUUGUAUUUCAUGUUUCGCAAUAGAUGUAGAGCUGCAGGUUCAUUUUAAA